CAAGAGAAUAACUGAUUCGCAGGUUUGAUGAAGCUGCGAGAAUCUAUGGAAAGAAUGAUCACCGUUUGUGAUUCACAAGUCCCGGUUCGACAGAAAGAAGGACACACAAACAGACAAUACUAAAGGCUAUCGACCAUGGUGAUGGAUCAGGAUCAAAACAUGAUUUGAAUUAUGAGGCCGGUCAGGCAGUGGAACAAAGAAAACUGAAUAAAAACGUACCACAAUAGUAUCUGGAUGUGGGUUAAGCACUGCAAUUCAUUAGCAACUGCAACAGUGACGCUGCGUUAUUUUACGCGUACGUGAGCUGUAGGUCGCUAAGGUCGUAUGUGGUAAGUCUUUUUCGAACUCAAAGUUCACGACAAGGAAUAGUGUGUGGAAGAUGUGAUUUCGUGUGUUAAUAUGUGUGCUUGUUAGCUUGGACAACAGCAGCUGUGUGACGCGUACUCAAUCAUGUUUUUAUGAAGGCAAAACACUAUUCAGAACAACACGAGAUAGGACUUUACUUGAGUAGCUCGAAGGAUCCUAACGAUAGUCGCGGGCUGGCUUGCCGCUGCAGGUAGUCGGCCGAUGCUGAGCUAAGGCGGCCGGCCUCUUCGUGGGUCGGCCCGCAGGGCCGCCCGAAUCGGGUGCUGGAGAAAGGGAAUAUUAUCGGGAUGCAGUGUACACAUUCUCACACAUGUAUAAGCCCAAACAAUGUGUUUUUCAUGAAAGCAAAUGUAGGAUAAGAAGUGGAUAAUACAAGGGCAGAACGGAGUACAAAGUAGCCAACAGUCGCCUGCUGUAGCAGUGAACGGUUGACCUAAACUGUUGCACCGAGGACGGGUCACGCUGUCACCGUACAGACGCGCUCAGAUAGCGAACUGUCUAUUAGGAUACACACACAGGAGGACCAAGAGCAAACUGGGACACGACGACCGGGCAUAAACAGGGCUUGCGGCAACAACAUCUAAAGUCAAUAGUACCAGUAUUUAACGUCGCCGUAUCCCGAAAACAAUGUGGAGGAGAUAUUUGUCGUUCCGCCUUGUCGUUUAUUGAAUAGGCACCAGUUACCAAGAGCGAGAAAGAAUUAGUGGUUAUUACUGUGUGUUGGCACCAUUACGGGCUCGGAACAUAAGAAAAAGUGAGCCACUAGAGAUUACUGACUAAAUGUGGCGCAAAAAAACGGCGCCAGCCAAAGCGUUAGAAAACAAGAGAACGUGGACAGGAGCGUGAGUGGGAUUCGCUCGCGCAGCCGCCACCGGAGAGGAGAGUGUAACUGGAGGAGCUAGCAGGCUCGAGCUGCUGUUGUUCCGAAGAAGUUGAGGCUCUCCAGGGGAGCCCAGAGGGCGCCGUCGGGCCAGGCCGACCCCUAGUGGUAUUUCCUAUCAGAGGAGUCGGCAUAGCCCACUGCCGCCCUCCGGAGCCGCUCCAGGGCCGCGCCCCAUCAGCCAGCCCCUUAAUUAGCCGGCGGCAAGUCUGCGCCGCCAAUACCGAUACGACUGGCGGACAUUCGUCAAGAGCGGACAGUGCGCCCCGCAACGCCUUAUCACAACAACAACAACAACAAGGCGAAGAAAGAGAGCAGCGACAGGUGCACCUUCCACCUCAGGAACAAGUGAAUCCUCUCAACGACGACGGCCAUGUAGGAGUCGCAGAAGGUGUGGAUCUUACGCAGCAGGCUACAACAUCGCACGAAAUGCCAAGGACAGCCGGUGGGACCGGCGGUGGCGGAAAAAAUGGUGGAGCACGAGGUCGUUUGAGUCGCAGCGCCGGAAGUGCAAAAAGGAGCCGCAGGCGGAGGGCCACUGGUGCCUUCGACCCGAUCAAUGCGCUGAACCAAUCAUUCAUCAAUGUCGGCAUCGCCUCUCUCUCGAAAGGCACUUAUUUCGUGCCAAAGAAGGCUUUAGGCUUCGCUGACUUUUCCCGACACUGCAAGCUGCUACACAAGAACAAACAUCUGCUACGCACUGAGUUUAUGCUGGCUACAAAGAGCGAGAGUCACUCGCAACGUCAUGCCAACAAGCCAGCCAACGACCUCAAGAAUAGCUACAAGAAACUACUGCCAUACGACUAUAACAGGGUUGUGUUAUCAACGACAGAUGACCAAGAGGAUUCGGAUUAUAUUAACGCUACUUACGUUGAUAGCCUGCUACGACCAAAUGCAUACAUCGCUGCACAGGGACCUAACGAUGAAACUGUGGCAGACUUCUGGCGCAUGAUCUGGGAGAGCAAAGCAUGCGUGGUGGUGAUGCUUACCAGGGUGUUCGACUUCGUCCGGGUCAUGUGUACACAAUACUGGCCUACAGAAAAUCAUAAGGUAGUCCAGCAUGGCAACAUCACAGUGACUCUCUUAGGAGAGGAUACACUCGCUAAUUUCACUCUGCGGGCACUUCUCGUCAAGCAGGGAGCGGAGCAACGGCAAAUUCAUCAGUUCCAUUUUACCAAUUGGCCGAUCCACACGCAGCCGUUCUCAAAUGCGCUACUCGACUUCCGGCGACGCGUAAGAACAGUCUGUCAACAAUACAGUUCGAAGCAUUCGAAUUUGGCUCCGCUUAUCGUCCACUGUAGUGAUGGCUGCGGCAGGACCGGUACUUAUCUAGCUAUCGACGCGAACCUAGAGCUCGCCGAAGAGGAAGCAGUCUAUGAUGUGUUAGCCUAUACCAGACUCCUGCGCUCCGCCCGCAAGGGAAUGGUCGAGUCGAUGGAGCAAUACCUGUACAUCUAUGACACGUUAGACGAGGCCUUCAUGUGCGGCAAGACUUGGUUUAGCGUCACGGAGAUAGCUCACAAGUUUAAGCAAAAGUCGCAAAAAAAUCCCAUCACUAGGGUCAACGACUACCAGCGUGAGUACGCAAAAGUAAGCAAAAUGAGUACAAGACUGUCAAUUGGCGACUGCGCCGGAGGUCACAGGCCGGAAAACCGAGAGAAAAACCGUGAUAUUACUACUGUUCCGCCGGAUAACUUCCGGCCCUACCUUACGACUUUUCAAAGUAACGACAACACCGACUACAUCAAUGCGGUAUUUGUAGACGGUUAUACGCGAAGCAAGGAGUACAUUGUGACGGAGUGGCCCUUACAAAGCACUGCGCAGGACGUCUGGUCUCUCAUAUACGACCACGGAUGCAACGCUGUUGUCAUCCUAUGUGAUCCGCCCCCCUCACAUACAUUUCCCGCGUUUUGGCCGACGGAGCGAGACAAACGCAUGAAAUAUGGGCCCGUAUUCACCGUCGACGUCGUCUCCUAUUCGCAUUAUCAGAAAAUUAAGUCGUGGAUAUUCCGGAUCAACAAGAAGGUGGUCUCCCUUACCGAAUUGAUGGCAGGGGUAAAAGCAGAACCGAAGACCACCCAGUUCUUCCAGAUCACAUGCUGGCCAGAAGGACACCGGGUGCCCACGUCGACCAAUACGCUCGUCGAGAUGAUGAACAUGGUCGAACGAUGGAGGCAACGUACCACGUAUGGACCGGUGCUCGUUAUUUCCCACAACGGCAAAAGCCGAGCUGGAGUCUAUUGUGCGGCGAACGUGGCCAUCGAGCAGGUAAUCGAACAUGGAGAGAUUGAUGUUUUCCAGGCAGUCCGCACUGUGCGUAGACAUCGGGUGCAGCUGGUGGAAAACAUGACCGAAUACAAGUACUGCUACGAUUUGGUACAGCAUUAUGUUGUACACUACCUGAACAAGGAUAGCGUACGACCGGCGGUCAUCGCUUCUGGCUCGGAAAAUAAGGACGAGUCAGGAGAACAGCAAUCAAGCGGCACGAGACAAUUCACCCUUCAGGCGUACGUUGUGCGUCGACUCGUUCCUGUAGCUGCUGUCACCAGAAGGUCCUUUUCCCGGCUCCUUUAUCACCAGCAGAUGAAAACAAGAAAAGUACCACUUCCGCUACUACUACUGCGAGAGCGACUACGAAAGGCAAUAAUCUCGCAGACAAAGUACGGAUCAGGGGCAGGACAACAAGGAGAUAGAAACGAACGAAUGGUGAGGCAAGCACAGGAGCCAACGUGCUUCACGAUUCAAGGUGACGUUAGGACCAUCUCGUUGUUUCGUAUUCAUUUUGAAAAGCUUCACCUUGCCCAGAGCGGUUUGUAUCUCGAAUAAUCGGUUCGGGUAAGACUGCCGUAUCCUAAGUCAAAAAGGCCGGUCAGGUGACUACACGGACCUGAUCACUACGAGGGUACAGAAUCAAGAUCGAUCAUAUGUAUUCAGUGAAUCACUGAUUCCGUCAUCAUUGGGACCACAUUAAAAUGUCUACCUGCUUGCUUCUUUAGCUUCUCAUGUCGUUCGCAGUGCUGCAGCAUACUGGCAGCACACGUACAAGGAUCCACUAUAUUCGUGUUAUAUGUAGCAAGAAACCCGUGGUGCGGAGCGGACCAAUAGGGUCCUUUCGUACGCUUAGGGUUAUGUGCGUCUGCCUAUGUGUGCGUGUGUGUAUGUGUGUGAAGUGAAAAUUUCCUACGCUUGAAUGCGGGGAUUUGAACUGCCGCUAUUACAAGAGGUGGGAUGAGAUUUGCUGCAAAUUGUUGGCAGGGCGCAAACAGAGGCGGCAUAGUGACGAUUCGUGUUUCAAGUGUUUUGAUCCAGUGUACAUCGUACUUCCAAAGUUACACCAUUUGUUCGGUGUAAGGCCACACAGCUGUGAACUGUGUGCGGUGCUUUCCAUGAAGUAUUCCACCGUUGAAAGCUUAAAAAGUACCAUAGGUCAUGCCUGAGUUAGAAGAUGCGACAGACCAUCUGUCUUUGACGAACUAAUUGAAACCGAUGACGCAUAUACUACAGGCGAUGCUACAAGUGCUUCGUUGCACACAGCAUCCAUAUCCAGUGAGGAUCAGUCAGUCGAUUCGGCUCAACUAUCAGCUGUGCAUUGUGUGGCGAGCAAUCAUUAUCACCUAUGCCGUUCUUGGCAUUAACACAUAGAAUGAACGCAUUUUGGCGGACUCGUCCACAACAGGCCACUUGCUGAACAACGUAUGAAAUAUUGGAAAACUGUAGGCCACAAACCCCCGAUUUCCAAACAAGCACAGAAGGAAAGAGCCUCUAAAAGAGACAACGAUGAAAGCCAAGUCGAGUAACAGGCUACCAAGGCAAGCAAAAUGAGCAUCUUUCGGACUGCUUUUAGAGCCUAAAACCACUGCACUCGAGAGAAGAUAUAAUAAAAAACGAGGAACAACACAACCAGUGGACAACAGAAAGAUCCAAGCAAUGGUCUUUAAACAUGAAGAAAACGGUAAUGAAAUAGAAAUUUUUGGCACCUACGUACUUAUUAGAGGACAAAAUUAUAGGGAAUGAGCUUACCGCCUUCGGUUAGAACCUACUUGGCAUUUUUAAGGGGAACAUCGAAGAGAUGAGAUUGCUCCGCAGGGAUCCCCUGGUGAGUGUGGUGGCGAAAUGUUCUGAAAAUGGCGUUAGAUUUUUCAACCCAAAGCCAGCAGGCUGGAGACACCAUCAAGGUUUAGCGUGUUGCUCAAGGGCAAUAUCAGCGAAUUAUGUCAUCCACUGGAGUAGCUCAGGCAGCAGAAGUGAGUUUACGAAACUUUCUCAUCCGUAUCAUACUGAUCUUCAAGGGCAAUUGACUUUCUAACAACGGUAGCUGUCCGUCCAAAGACACAUUCAAUAGUUUCAGAUGGUAGAACUUUCACUCAUCCAGUUGUUCAGGUCUUAUAGCUUCUAAUCAAAGUAGUUCCGAAGCUAUGCGACACUCUACAAGCACUUAAUGUCGAUCCCGAUUGAGCUUAUUUGUAAUCAAGCAUCGCUAUCGAUCGCAGUUGGUGGCCUUACGACCGAUCUAGUAGAAUGCGCCUACAUGGCUUCAGUACAGAGCUUAUGAGUCCCAACUCUACAGAGGACUCUAAAGCCUAUCAUAGCUUGAGUCCGCAAGUUACGGCAGGGCGAAAACAAGUGAAGCACCGUUCAGGAAACGAUAUCGCGCAGAAUACUCUGGGUAGUACCUAUCGUUAAUCUAAAGGUACGGAGAAGAACCUUGAAAGGAAGAGGUGAACGAAAACUACGUACUGCCCUCAGGUUUUCAACUAGAAAGUAUUCUGCGCAUUUCAACUUCCUCACUCGAAAUGCUGAAGGACAAUACAAUACGUCCCAUCCUAAAUGGAACUGUAAUAAUAAUCCAGGAGGUACCACAGUGUGCCUUCACAACUUCAUCUGGUUACAAAAAGAACGAUGCUAUUUUCGUAGCUUUGCAAACAACCGACGUGAUGUAUUGUAACGGGUCGCUAAGUCUCUCGGCUAAUUCUGCUCGUUGUCUAGAUCAAAUCACACAAACGCAGUGGUUGUCCGUGGAAUAUCUAAUUGGGGCCGCUACCGUAACAACAAAAAACCCAAUAGAUUUUUCUUGAUAGAGACAUUGCAGCAGCUGGGCUUACAGCGCUGCCCUCAGACGAAGGAGCCAUAUUUUUAUUUAUUUUU